GCGAGUUCGGUAGCGUCAGGAUUGCGUCAGUUUGGGUCUCAACCACGUCUCCGGCCUCAGAGCUCCGUGAGUCAGAAGAGCUGAACCACAGGACAAGGGCUCACGAAUCACUGUGCAAGAGGGGAGGACCAAGACAGACCCUCCCUCCCUCCCUCCCCAGCCGGCUCAUCCUCCUCCUCUUUCUGAAGCCUUCCCGAUCCUUCGUGCUUGUGUUUUCAUCACGUUGGAAAACAAGCCAUCCCCUGGCCGGGUGCGAGAGUGUGUGUGUGUUUCUCGCUGAGAAGCGGAGCGGAGUGGAGGGGGGGGAAGGAAGCGCAUUUUCAGCACCUUGGACAGGGCAGGCAGCAACCAACAUGGCUCCGAUUACAGCCAGCCGAGAAGAAUUUGAUGAAAUUCCAACUGUAGUUGGAAUCUUCAGUGCCUUUGGGCUGGUCUUCACCAUCUCUCUCUUUGCUUGGAUCUGCUGCCAACGUAAAUCUUCCAAAUCAAAUAAGACCCCUCCUUACAAAUUUGUCCAUGUGCUGAAGGGUGUUGAUAUUUACCCUGAGAACCUCAACAGUAAGAAGAAGUUUGGUGCAGAUGACAAAGGUGAAGCCAAAAGCAAGCCCAUGAUGCCAAAGAGCUCUCUACACCUUGACUUAGAGAAACGAGACCUGAAUGGCAACUUUCCAAAAACAAUUCCUAAAAUACCAAGUUCCUCAGAUCUUGAGAACUUUACUCCAAAGCUCUUUCCAGAGAGGGAGAAAGAUUCAAUAUCUCCUGAUAGCUUGAAGUCCGCCAUCUCAAUAUCUUCUGAAGAGAAGCAAGAUAAAUUAGGCACUCUCUUCUUCUCCAUUGAGUACAACUUUGAGAAGAAGGCUUUCAUGGUGAACAUCAAAGAAGCACGUGGUUUGCCAGCCAUGGAUGAGCAGUCAAUGACUUCUGAUCCGUACAUCAAAAUGACAAUACUGCCUGAGAAGAAACACAAGGUGAAAACGCGAGUGCUGAGGAAAACCUUAGAUCCAGCUUUUGAUGAAACCUUCACCUUUUAUGGGAUCCCUUAUACUGAAGUACAAGAUCUAAGCCUUCAUUUUAUGAUCCUGAGUUUUGACAGGUUUUCCCGAGAUGACAUCAUUGGAGAAGUCCUCUUUCCCCUGUCUGGGAUCGAGUUGUCUGAAGGAAGGAUGCUGAUGAACAAGGAAAUCAUCAAGAAGAAUGUUAGGAAAUCUUCUGGGCGUGGUGAGUUGCUGAUUUCCCUCUGCUACCAGUCCACAACAAAUACUCUCACCGUGGUUGUUUUGAAGGCCAGACACUUACCCAAAGCUGAUGUUUCAGGAUUAUCGGACCCUUAUGUUAAAGUGAACCUAUAUCAUGCCAGAAAAAGGAUCUCCAAAAAGAAAACCCAUGUCAAGAAGUGUACCCCCAACGCAGUGUUCAAUGAACUCUUUGUCUUCGAUAUUCCUUGUGAGGGUCUUGAAGAGAUCAGCAUUGAAUUCUUGGUUUUGGAUUCAGAGAGGGGGUCCCGGAAUGAAAUCAUUGGCCGGCUAACCUUGGGGGCAUCAGUGGAAGGAACAGCAGGAGAACACUGGAAGGAAAUCUGCGAAUACCCCAGGAGACAAAUUGCCAAAUGGCACAUGUUGUGUGAUGGCUAACAGCAUGUCAGGCAGCUGGAACUUUAAAACAAAAUCCCAUAGGCAAGGAUCAGUUUUCUUUCUUUGCAGUGUGUAAUCACAGGCUUGCGGCAAAAAAAAAAAAAGACAUCAUUUUUUUGAGACUGAAUUGAAUUCUCAGAACAGAAGGUAACUAGAUUUUCUCAUUCAGUUGAGGGUUUGUUUGUGGUUCUUUUCUUUCUUUCUUUUUGCAAGCUGUAAGAACUUGACAUAAUUUCAUCUGAGGUUCAUAUUCUACUGGAGUUUACACAGCUAUAGAGACACAAAGUGCUGUAAACAUAAUUAAGAAGUGUGUUUUUUAUUACUAAAGUCACCAGGGAUCCUAGAUUAUUGCUGUCACCCAGAUGAUGAUGACCUCAUUAACUUCUUAUAUUGCUAGGUCUAGAACACCUGUGUUUUGUACUGCCUAGAAUUAAAGCUGAGCAAAUAUGGUAUGGAAGGGGUAGUCUUUCCUUUUGUUCAUAAGGUAUCACAAACCUCCUCUUAUGAAAUUGCUGGACUUUCAUUCUUGGAGAAAUCCAAAGACUCAAAACAUUUUUGACGACGUGUUGUAUAUCAAUGGCCCAGUUUGGUAUUUAAUCCGCAAGAUAUAUUUUAGAUUGUUGGUUUUUAAGAAGAGAGAUUGAUUCCAUUACCUAAGCAAAUUCAUUCAAGAAUUUUUGAGCAUCCCAAACAAACCAAUUCAUUUUGUUCAACAAAGGGCUUAAAUGAUGACGUUGGAGAGUGUAAAUUUUACAGUAUGGUUGGGAUUUGUGCUUUACGUAUAGCCUAUUGUGGUUUUUUAAUUUAUUUUUCUGGCCAAAAAGGUUAUACAUCAAACAUUUCUAACUAAAGUUAACCCAAGUUAACAUACUGUAGAGUAUGAUACAAAAUUACCUUUUGUCUGAUAUAUUUUGAAACUGCUGUUGCUGAACUAAAACUUGUUUACUAUAGGUUUCUAUUUCUUUUAUUAUGCUAAAAACAAAAUAAAAAUCCUUGAAAAUAAUAAUUUAAAAAAAUUAAGAAGUUAGGAUAUAAAUACAAAGCACCGAUUCUGCAAAAACUUACCAUGAUAAAUGGGCAACCUUUAAAUAUGGGUUUUAGCAGGAUCAGGCUCCUAGCUAGCUUUAUACCUCAUGCUAACUCAUAUGUAGAUGAGCUGUUUCACUGUAGCAAUUCACUUAGCUCCAUAUCAUUCGUGCCAUUGGCUGAUUGUGUUGAAAAGUGAAGGGAUGGUGGGUGGGAAAUUUUCAGGAGCAGAUCAUCUUGGUGUGCAACGUGCAUGUAUCAUAUGAUCAAAACUUUUUGUCAAGUUAGAGGAACAAGUUGUAACUUAAGGCUGGGCUUCCACAACCGGUGACUCACCAUGCUCAACAUGGGGAUAUGUAGUAGCUAGCUAGCUGCUUAACUGUGUUCUUCUUUGUGCAGUUCCAGGCAAGUAGCAAAAAUAGGUUUAGUGAGCCCCUGGUGGGCCCAUGACUGAUGGGUUGCACUCAGCAUGGUGGGUCAUAGAUUGUGCAGGUUUACACAAGGCACACAAAUGCACAUAUACAUAUCCCUACUGGAGACCUGUGAAACGUAUUCCUAUGUUUACACUAGCCACAAUGUUUAAGCUGUCAGAGUAGCACAACUGCAGUUGGAGUUGAGUCGCUUGUCCUGUCCUUCACGGGUGGAUACUUGAGAUACUGGGGGAAUCCUUCAUUCCAGUGCAACUAAGAUGAGAUCUCCUCCACAAGCACAUUUGCCUCUACAUGAGUACUAUUAGGGAGCCCUAUGGAGGAAUGUAUAUAGAAAACCUGCUGACAAAUGGGAUCACCAUUAUUGAUUUUCCUGGGAUGACCCUGCAAGUAAGAGCCUGAAGGAAUCUAGUGUCUUGAUGGGGGUAUCCUUCUUGCAAACACUAUGAUAAUAAUAAUCCAGUCUGUAAGAUGAAGCUGCCUCAAACUGACAGAGACCAUUGGUCCAUCUACCUCUGUAUUGUCUACAUGGAUGGCAGUACCUUUCCAGGAUUUCAGAUGAGGGUCUUUCCCAGUUGUACCUGGAGAUGCCAGGGAUUUAACUUGGGAUCUUCUGCAUGCAAAGAAUGGGCCCCACCGCUGAAUUAGGGCCCUUCCACAGAAUAACGUUUUCUCAACAUAUGUCUCCACAGAAUCAUUCCCAAUGGACUCUAGUGGAGGCAAAAGUCAUAUGCAAAGUGUAGGGGCCAAGUUUCAAUUUUCAAAAGGGUUAAAGGCUUCCCCUUUCUCUGUGACUAUGCCCAGUGCUUUGUUUGGAGGACAGAAUUUUGAAGAUUAUUAAAGGACUAGAGAGGAGGGGAUAUUACAGGGCUACUUUGUGGUAUUUCCAUCAUGUGCUGGAGCACUAUUUCUCCUAUAGUCCUAGUGAUGUGUCUAAGAUGUGUAUAUCCUGAUCCACUGCCCAUUAAACCUGAAGUACUUGGGGUUUUGAGCCAAUCUAUGGGCCAACCCUAAAUCUUGCUCCACCAACACACAGCUGACCAGAUUAGAGCAUAUUAAUGUCCUGAUGACAUCACUAAAAACAAUGCUUCAUCUAUUUUGCUGGGAUUUUAGUGCAUUUUUACAAGCCAAUACAAUGGUACAAAUGUUUGAGAAAGGGUUAAAAAAAUAAAGUACCACUCCUAUUGACUCCAACUGGUUUCCAAUGGGUUGAAAUCCAAGUACUUUAGCUUAAAUGAACUGUGGGUCAGGGUAAAGAUGUUCCAAAACCUAAACAAGAGGAAAAGGGUUAAACCCAUCAAGCAUUAAGAGUGAAAUUGUGGUUCUAGGAAACACUGCUAGAGUUAUGUGCAGGAUUUUACUAGAGCUAUAAUUCGUCUAGAACAGGAUGAGCAAAGACUGGAAUGUGAAAUAUGCAACAAAUAUUACUGAAAGAUUUCCAUUUGGAGUUUUUCAGAUUUUUGUGUUGGUAAUUUAUCCAGGUUUUUGAAUGAUGUGUUUGAUAUCACAGUGUUUAUAUAAACUCUAAGGCAUUUUCAUGACUUGCUUUUUAUGAAAAUGCUCAAUGUAAAAAUAAUAAUAAUACGUGUGUAGAAGUGGUUCAAACCUAUUUUGUUUUGUUCAAACAAUUUGUAGGCCAACAUCUGUCCUCCUGGCUCAAAAUCCUCAGAUGGCUUAUUCUAGGGUAGUCCCAUUGAAAUUAAUAUGACUGAGUUGUAAAACCACCAUAAAGGUCAAAGACAUAAACAGAGAUAUGCCAGUCAAAUUUGUUUGUCUUUGGAAAAAGGUGAUUGUUAAUUCUUGAGUAGUCCACUGAACUGAAUACUUGGGAAAAACAAUUAAUACUCACAUAAAGUCCAGAAGUACUAAUAAUUCCAGUGGGAAAGCCAACAUUAAUCAAAAAAUGAGAUCUGAAAACCUUUCUCAUGUUGAACAGAAUGUUGCCAUCAAGGUCAAAUGCUCAAAGGUCUGCCAACUUGAUUUUUCUUUGGGACUGGUUUCAGAGAAUAUUAGAAGAAAAAUAAUAUUAUUUGUCUAGCCCAGUGGUUUUCAAACUGUAUUCUGGGGGACCUGGAGGUUCGUUAUAUGCUCAUCAGGACCCACCCACCCCAAUAAAAAGACCAGUAAUAGGAGUGGGCAAACUCCCCCCAAGACAAGUUCUCCAUCACCAAUAGAAUGUGCUUAGGACAUCAAAAGUUCUUGUGCAGUGAUGGUGAAGACAAAACAAGCACACAUAUUCCUAAAUGUGAUACCUAAAACACUCCCCCAGAAUCCUCUGCAACAUACAGGGGUUUGUGCAGAAAUGUUUCCCUGAAAGCAGCAAGUUUUGAAAAUCCCUGGUCUUACCCCUAGCAAGCAUAACAUUCCUAGUUAUAUUGUUCUAUAGGCUUCAGCUAUCAGUCUCUAGUGGACACAUACAUCAGAAAUAUGCCUUGCUUUCUCUGCUUUUGAGUAAAACCUGGGGUUGUGAUAAUCUGUUAUUUUGCCACCCAGUGGGUAAUAUCUAAGGGAGACUGCUUUUAGUAGCCCAAGUGAUAAUUUUCCUACUGGUGGAAUAACAGCUAUCAGGGUGGGGAGAACAGUUCUUUUUACAGUGACUGGGCAAAUUGUAAAUAGGGUCCUCUCUUUUUUUAGAUCUUAAAAAAAAUGUUUGUCUUGCAAAGUCCCAUUGUUAACCCAUCCAGGAACAAGAUGGGGCAGAAAUAUAUGUGAUGGGGCAGAAAUACAUGCCUUUAAUAGAUGAGAGAGAAAAAUUGCUGUUUUAUAAAGUAUUCAGUUCUUAAUGUGAAUAUCUUGAAAUCUGUUAAGGAUAAUGUACUGUAUUAAAUCUGUAAAAUAAUGUUUGUCUAAGUAGCUAACAACAAACAAGAUUACCCUGAAUGGGAAGGUUAUUCAUGUUUGGAGCUCUGUUGUAACUCAAUAAUCAAUUUGUUAAUGAUGUUGUACAUUCAAUAGAAGUUCUUUGGGAGGAAGCAUGGUGUCGGAGGAUUUGUAUGUCUUUUGUGCCAGCUCUGUAUGUUGUGCCAUGUAUGUAAGACAAGAAUAAACUGCUACUUUCAUCCAUUCAUUCCAUCCCAACACAAAUAUUUUACCAAUGCA